GUUGUUAUUGAUGCUAAAUCUAAAAUCCAAAUUUGUUAAGUAUGAUGACAUUUGGUUUAUCUUCUCCAUCAUCAUCAUCUUCAACAACACCACUCUUCUGCAAAUCAUUGAAUCACAACAAAACCAACAAAUUAUCAACUCCCCGCUUCACUGUUUCUGCUGCCGCCUCCUCCUCUGAUGUUCCUGAUUUUCUUUCCGUUAAUUGGCUUCAAUCCCGCAGGAAGCGACCCUUUGGCCCAAGAUUAAGUUAUAAUGCAGAAGAAUGUGUCCAAUACCAACUUGAUGCAUUAAUGUUCAAUGACCAACCACGCCCAGAUUAUGGUGUUGAAGUCAUGUAUAGGUUUGCGGGAUUUGAUCCUUUUGAGAGGUCUCUAUAUUUUGGGCCUUCUUUUGAUUUGGGACAGUUUGAGCGGUUUAGACGGCUUUUCCACCAUUCAUCAUACCGCGUUUUACUAAAUCACAAGGAGAGAAAGAUCUUAAGCACUUUAAAUGUUGAGGAGAAUCGCUACAAACAAAGGGUUUGGAUACGAGGAGCUCGACCUGAAGAAGAAGAAACAUUUCAGUUUACCAUGGUUCAGAGAAUUGGUGGGUUUUGGGAUGGUUACUGGCUUACAGAAUCUCUUCUUCAUGACGGAGAUGGCUUUUCCGGCGGGGUGGCAUACUGAACAACCAUGAGAUAAGGUGUUGGACCUCUGUGAAUAACUACACCAAAACAUCACUAAAAAAGCAUAUGUAAAUAAUGUACAUAUAUAUUGUCGUGUAUACCAAUAAGGCCAUCAUUGAUCCAUUUGUAUCUGAUAGUGUAAGUGCAUCUUAUAGUCUACCACAUUGCUAAGCUUCUUAAAAUAUUAAUGAAACAAGUUUGAAUUGA